AUGGCGUCUCAGAGCAAACCGGGCCCACUUACCCCAGCUGAAUACAAAGCCCUUAUGAAGCUUCGGGGGGUUCCGUACGAAGCUGUCAUCGAUUAUCCAAACGGCGAUGCUCAGGGAAACCUGUCGUUCACCCAGAUUACUCCGACCUUCUGGCGUUACGUCUUGGCGACGUUCGUUCGAGCCAGAGAGGAAGGAUUAGAGUUCGGUUUGGCCGAAUUAAAGCAGCUCUACACUCUCAAGCGAAGUAGCGGCAUUACUGGAGCGUUUCUUCUUUCUCCGCGUUCGGGUCUCUCGAUUAUUACCGACAUUCCUGGGAAAGACUUCUAUUGGACGGACAAGUUUUUUGUCUUCAAGGUCGAUCCACAUGAUUAUUUGUUAGGUUUUGAUCUUGACUUUUUCUUCAGAGUUGUUUGGAUCCUCAAAGUCGACUCCAGAACUGCGUGGUCUGAUCUCAGCGCUCCGCCGAGUGUUGUUCCCAUCGCGCUUGUGGAACCGAUUCGUCCUCGAAAAGACAAGAAAGGGGUGAAAAGGAAAGAUCCUCCUGGGGAGCCUUCAGAUGCCAAUUCUGACUCCGCACCUUCGAAACGAGCUCGCGAGACUCCGGACAAACGAGUGACUAGAGCGAGCUCUCAAAUUCAGUCUCCGAUUGUCCAGGCUACGCCGCUUUCUGUGGUUCGUCCGGGUCGCGAUGUUCCACUGGACUCUCGAGCAUCGGGCGAAGUGGACGUUGAGGAAGUUGCUCCCAAGGUUCAGCGACGUCGUCUGAUUCUGGACGAGGAGUCUUCUAAAGGUUUUAAUGUGUCGAGCUCGGAGCCUCUGAUGCAAGAUCCCGGAGAGGGUAUUUCUAAGCCGGUCAACCUUCCUGCGGACUAUCGAAGUGGUUCUCCACUGGCAUUCUCAUAUGACGUGGAUGCUCCGAUUUUGGAGGAUCCUGAGCGAUUUGCCGCCAUCUGGCGGAAGCUGCGAAGUUCUCUGUGUGCUCUUCCUCUCUUGGAGCAAAUGCGAGGUCGUGACGCCUACGUUCAGAUGGCGAUCGCAAAUGCCAAGGCAAGAGAGCAGGAGCGAACGAAGCAAGUCAUUGACUUAAAGGUGCUUUUGACGGCUAAAGCGACGGAGAAGGUUGCGCUUGAGGAGGAGAAAAUCGUGCUUGAGAAAGAGAAGGUCGUAUUAGGGAAGGAGAAGGUCACAAUGGAAGCGGACCUUGAAUCUUUGAAGGCGAAGUUCAGAAGAGACGCUGAGCUGCGAGAAAGAGUGGCUCGGAGGGAGAGGCGAGCUGCUUGUCGGUUGGUAGCGAAGGGUUAUGAUGCUGCCCUUGAUAAGGCUAGAGAGACUAUCCGACAGAGGAGGGCAGAGAGCACUGCGGAGAUGCGCUUACAGGAGGUUCGCCCAAAGAUCGAGGCUUUGGCCGAAUACUUGGAGGGCGGGUUCGAGCUCGAGGAGGAGCUGGAUCAUCUUAAAGAUGUAGAGAUAUCGACGGAGAUUGAGUAUGGCCUCACGGCAGUGUCGGACGAUUCUCUUAGGGGUCUCGACCUUCCUUAA